UCAUGUUGGACUGGGAGAGGAAGGAAAUCUACUGUGUCAGGCACUGACUACCCCACCCCAUGUGUUUGACAGAUUUGGACAGGUUAAGUUGUGCGUGGAGCCGGAUGUAGAGUAAUGUCAAUUAUAACGGAAAGCGGUGCUAUCAAAACGGUUAGAAGGAUUUCUCAUGCAGACAAUUAGAUAUCUACAGAAGUUGGCUUAUUGUCCAAAUAUAUUCAGCCAGCAGCUGAAAUCAUUACUGUACACACAUCCCCCCUCGCCAAGCCAAACCCGCUGGAUGCCGCGAAGGACAAAAGUGGUAAAGUGAUGCCGCAGUACUUGGCUAGAACAGCAGUUACUCCAGCAGCACAUUGUAUAGCUGUGAACACCCAUUGUGUAGCUGUGAAAACCCAUUGUGUUUAAAGGCAAUACUUUCGGAUUCAUAACAAAGAGUUAAAGCUCAAUGCAUCUCUUAUUCGGCUUUCUAGCAAGAACGGCAAACCAACUCGAACGGGAUGGAAAGCAGUGAUGAUGUAAGGUUGUCAAGAAUAACAGUUGUGCAUGAAGGCAUUAGUAUCAGAACCUUUGAAGUUUCUCUCUCUACCACUGUCAAAGCCAUCAAGGAGUUAAUCUACUUUGAAACAGGUUUUCCUGUUUUGGAGCAACAGCUGUGCAAAAAUGGGAAAGAGUUAUACAAUGGGACAAAGAUUGAAGUCAUUUUAAGUUCUGGAAGCUUAAGUGCUGUCUUGACUCUGCAGGCGAAAGGACUGAAAGGAGGAGGGAAGUUUGGACAGACAACUCCACCCCUUGUUGACUUCCUCAAAGAUAUACUAAGAAGAUAUCCAGAGGGAGGACAAAUUCUUAAGGAACUGAUUCAGAAUGCUGAAGACGCUGGUGCUACAGAAGUUAAAUUUCUUUAUGAUGAAACACAGUAUGGCACUGAAUCACUGUUGUCAGAAAAUAUGGCCCAGUAUCAGGGUCCUGCACUUUAUGCAUGCAACAAUGCAGUCUUUACCUCGGAGGACUGGAAUGGUAUUCAAGAAAUAGCAAGAAGCAGAAAACGAGAUGACCCCCUCAAGGUUGGAAGAUUUGGAAUAGGAUUUAAUUCUGUGUACCACAUAACAGAUGUUCCCAGCAUCUUCAGUGGUGACCAGAUUGGCAUGUUGGAUCCUCAUCAAACCCUUUUUGGACCACGAGAGUCAGGUCAGUGUUGGAGUCUGAAAGAUGAUAUCAAAGAAAUUACUGAAUAUGAAGACCAGUUUGCACCAUAUAUUGGCAUUUUUCAAAGCACUAAAGAGACUUUUAAGGCUGGUUAUUUCCCUGGUACCCUUUUCCGCUUCCCUCUUCGAGUACAACCUUCUCAGCUUAGCAGCAAUUUAUACAGCAAGCAGAAGAUCUUAGAAUUGUUCCAGUCCUUUAUGGCAGAUGCAGAUACAGUAUUACUUUUUCUAAAAAAUGUUCAGGAUGUGUGCUUGUACAUCAGAGAAUCUGAUGGAUCAGAUAGGCUUAUUUUUAGGGUAACGGCUACUGAAAACAAGGAACUAAAGCAUGAGAGACCAAACAGUAUCAAAAUUUUAAGUUCUGCCACAGAUGAAUAUUGUAAUGGAAUUCCCUGUAAUACUUUAACAUGUGUAGCGUACAGUGUUAACAUUGUGACUAAAGAUUAUAUGGAGGAGGAGACAGAAAAGAUGUCAUGGCUUGUCUGUAACAGUGUUGGAGGCCGAGGGAUGUGCAGUAUGUUAGACUCCUUGGCAGAUGACUUAAAAUUCAUUCCUACCAUUGGAAUUGCCAUGCCUUUAACCUCAAAUGGAGGAGUGAAAGGAGCUGCAUCUGAAUUCUCAGGGAGAGCAUUUUGUUUUCUUCCUUUACCCCCUGGAGAAGAAAGUAAAACAGGACUGCCAGUUCAUAUCAGUGGUUUCUUUGGCCUGACUGACAACAGGAGGAGUAUCAAGUGGCGGGAGCUUGACCAGUGGAGAGACCCUGCAGCACUCUGGAAUGAACUUCUUGUUUUAAAUUUAGUCCCCCAUACAUACUCCAUACUAGUCUUAGAAGCAAUAAAACGGAUGAAGCUGCAAGACCACCAAAGUCUAUCUGUGUUUCCUGAAGAGAUAUAUAGGGUGUGGCCAGAUUGCAACAAAGUUCGGAUACAUUGGAAGUCUAUUUUGGAGCCUCUAUUCAAGGAGUUAAUACAGCAUGCUGUUAUUUUCUCAUUGAGUAAUAAAUGGUUAAAAGCAGACUCAGUUUAUUUUUCUGAACUAGAUGAAUGUACAGACUAUACAAAGAUAGUUCUUCACUACCUCCAGAGUUCAGGGGUUCAUGUUGCAGCAGUACCACAUAAUGUUGCUUAUGCUGUCCACUCCUCUCUUCCAGCUGGUACUGUAGUGAAAAAGGUUACCCCUGCUUUGGUGCGCCAGACAUUUCGAAAGUAUGGACACAAGGGACCUGCUGUUGAAAAACUUUACUUGCUGGAAUAUAUACUUAGAGAUGAAAACUAUAGUGAACUACUUGGACUAGAGCUGCUUCCUCUUCAGACUGGAACAUUUGUGUCUUUUUUGGCAUCUGCUGCUGAUAAGGAUGCCAUUUACAUUACAUCAGAUGAUUUCCCAAGUUCAUUGUUCCCAGGCCUUGAGGGGAAGUUUCUUGCUGAAAAUUUAAAGCCUGUAGUCCUUGCUGGCCUGAAAGAUGCUGCAAAGAGCCGUGGGCGACCAGUUACACAGCUCCAUUUCCUGACUCCUAAACACUUUGCACACCUUAUUAAAGAAAUUAUGAGAAGUCUAUGGCCUGGCAAAGACAUGGUGGUUCAGUGGUAUCCAACCAAUGAAGAGAAAAAGCAUCCAUCUGUUGCUUGGCUUAAAAUGGUAUGGAAGAUUCUAUAUAUAUAUUUCCCUGAUGACCUGAGUCAGUUUGAGGAUAUGCCCCUCAUUCCAGUGUGUCCUCUAGAAGACAAUCAAACAGAUGUAGAGCUCCUUAGACUCAGAACUCCAUCACCAGUAAUAAUAUUGGAAGAUGUAACCAAGAUGCAGCUUCAUGAAUAUUUGCCUGAGAUUAUACGUAAAAUUGGUGGGUUCAUCAUUAAAACACUGGACACAGCUGUACAACAUCCACUUCUUAAAAAGUAUGUUCUUCCUCCUCUGCCAAGUGUUGUAUUGCAGAUCAUGGAUUCAGCUUCACUGCACACAGUUUGUUCUCAAGUUGCAUCACUGCCCCCAUCUCACAAGAUUGUAUUAAGGCAAUUUUUAGCAACUUUGCCAGAAAUCAGUGUUAAAGAUAAAAGCCUACUUCAGGAGUUGAUGAUAUUUACCAGGAGUGAUAAUUCUUCAGCUAACACCCAUAUAGCCUAUGCUGCUCUACAGGGAAGUAAAGUACUACAUCCAGGUGCUAAACUUCCUCUUGCCACAAGAAUGUCUGUUUCUUUAAUAGACAGCAGUGAUGAAGCCACCAUUCGACUAGUAAACCUGCUGAAAUGUGAACAGCUAAAAAGUACAGAUUGUCUCAAGAUUAUAAUAGAAGAUACUGAGCAAGGAUUUUAUACAGUUGAAGAAGUAACAAACAUUAUGCUCUGGGUUCUUGAAAACUUGUCUUUUUUAAAAAAUGAAAAUGUGGCUGUUGUUGAUUGGCUGCGAAAUCUUAAAUUUAUUAAUACUCAAGAGAACAACUUGGUGCCAUCAAGUUACUUUUUUGAUCCUAGCAUACAAAUACUGCAAGAUCUGUUCUAUACAGAUGAAAGUACCAUGUUUCCUCCAAGUAUUUUUACAAACUCUCCAGAUGUUCUUCACUCUUUAAGGCAGAUAGGCUUAAAAAGUGAAUCACAACUAAGUCAGGACAAUAUAUUGCAUGUUGCAAAAAAGACUGAAGAACUUCAGAACAGUAAUGAUAUUGACCACAAGCUCCAUAUUCAAAAAGCCAAGACACUGAUAGUAAUUCUAAACAAAUAUCCUACACUGCUGAACUCUUCUGAAGUGAAGAAGACAUUAAGAAAGCUGAAAUGGGUUCCUGUUUACAAGGAAAGACCACAGAAUUACCCCUAUUCUUUAGUUUGGAAGGGAGAAAUGAUUAGUAUAUGUGCCCCACCAGAAAUCUGUGAUAUAUCCCAUGCUGCUUUAGUGGGUUCAUCAGUCCCGCUUGUAGAAAAUCUUUCUUUGGAAGUAGUAAAAUAUCUUGGCAUUUCUGCUGAACCUAAUAUUGAUCAUGUUGUCCAGCAUUUGAAGGUGGUUGUUCACUGGUAUAUGUCACAAACAUUUAAUGAUGAUGACUAUUACCAGUUUCAACAUAUAUUAUUUGAAAUUUACGGUUUCAUGCAAAGUCAUUUGGACAGUAGUAUGGAAACAUUUAACCUGUUGACAUUUCCAUGGGUUUGGACAGGUCGAACAUUUUCAGCUCCUGCAUCAGUAGUCUUAACACCUGUACCUGAUCUUGACCUUCAGCCUUAUCUUCAUACUUUGCCAAAAACCUUGGGUAAAUUCCACCAGCUAUUUAAGUUAUGUGGUUCCAUAGAUAAACUGACACCAGAACACAUUUUUAAGGUUAUUCAGUGCAUAAAAAAUGUGAGUGAGCAAGAAGUGAAUGAACAGAAGAACAAGCAAAAUCUCCUCCUUAUGCUUAACAUUAUCCGUUGGCUUCAUGAUAAUCAGAUUUCUGUGGGUCUUGAUACACCUGUACCAGUACAUUGUAGUAAAGAUCCUUCAAGGCUGCAGAUGAAAUCCAUUCAGGAGUGUACCUAUUGUGACAUAAAAGUUGAUGAUCUUAAUGACUUACUUGAAGAUGCUCUAGAGCCAAUUAUUUUGAUACAUGAGGGUAUCCCUAUGAAAACUGCUGAGUGGCUGAAAGUGCCAUGCUUGAGUACACGAUUAAUAAACCCAGAAAACAUGGGAUUUGAACAGUCUGGUCAAAUAGAGCCCCUUACAGUACGCAUUAAAAAUAUAUUGGAGGAAUACCCUGCUGUUUUAGAUGUUUUUAAGGAACUGUUACAAAAUGCUGAUGAUGCCAGUGCAUCCCAGUGUAACUUUCUGAUAGAUAUGAGAAGAAAUUUGGACAUCAGAGAAAACCUUCUUGAUCCAGGAAUGGCGGCUUGCCAUGGGCCUGCCCUUUGGUCCUUCAAUGAUUCUCACUUCACAGACUUGGACUUUAUAAAUAUUACUCGGUUAGGGGGGUCGCUAAAGAGAGAAGAAAUUGAUAAAGUUGGUAAAUUUGGGUUAGGUUUCAAUUCUGUUUAUCACAUUACUGAUAUUCCAACUAUUAUGAGUAGAGAAUUUAUGAUCUUGUUUGACCCAAAUAUUAAUCAUCUCAGUAAGCAUAUUAGAGACAAAUCUAAUCCAGGCAUAAAGAUCAAUUGGAGUAAGCAGCAAAAGAGGCUACGGAAGUUUCCGAAUCAGUUCAAACCAUUCAUCAAUGUUUUUGGUUGUCACUUGCCACUGAAUGUAGAAUGUCCUUACAGUUUUGAAGGUACUCUUUUUAGGCUUCCUUUCAGAACACAGCAAGAGGCAGCAUUGAGUGAAAUUAGUAACAUUUAUUAUAAUACAGCAGAUGUUUAUACACUUGUUGAUGAAUUUAGUAUGUGUGGUCACAGACUCAUUCUUUUCAAUCAAAAUGUUAACAAUAUGGUCUUAAAAUAUCUGAAGCCUGAAGAAACAAGUCCUACUGCAGCACAAGAUGUCAUCACAAUCCAGAAAAAAAUAUGUCUGUCAAAGGUUGCUGCAAGUCCCAUGAAUAUUUUAAAAGAGGCAGCAAAAUUAAUGAAGAUUUGUACUGUCAGUAGAAAGCUGUAUGCUAAUGUACCAAAGUCUUCUUGUGUCAUUCAAAUUAUAGUUGAAGAGUUCCACCAUGUACUUAGGCGGGUCACGGAUCUUCAGUCUCCUCUUUUCAGAGGCCCAGAAGAUGACCCAUCUUCUUACUUUGAGAUGUUCGCAAAAUCAGUGCAGGCUAAAAAGUCAGGUGAUGAACUUGCACAAAAGACUGUUGAUUCAACAACGUGGCUUAUAUGCUCUUGCAUGGAUGUUGGAGAAGCACUGAAACUGUCCUUGCUUGAAAGUGGACAGAGGUUAGGGCUUGUUCCUUGUGGUGCUGUAGGGGUACCACUGUCUGAAACUGAGGAUCUGAAGUGGACCUUCAAGCACAACAGCCCUGCAGCUGGAGAAAUAUUCUGCUAUUUGCCUUUACGGAUUAAAACAGGGCUGCCUGUUCACAUUAAUGGAUGUUUUGCUGUCACUUCUAAUAGAAAAGAAAUUUGGAAAACAGACACAAAAGGUAGAUGGAACUCCAUAUUCAUGAGACACGUAAUUGUUCGUGCUUAUUUGGAAGCUCUGUGUGUAUUACGUGACAUGACAGUCAGUGGCGAACUUGUCAACUAUAGUUACUAUUCAGUGUGGCCCGAUCCUAAUUUAGUGCAUGAUGAUUUUUCUGUAAUUUGGCAAGGAUUAUAUGAAGAUAUAGCUAAAGAGAGAGACAAAGAAUAUGCCAAACUAUUUUCUGAUGGAUCUUCAUGGGUCUCUAUGCAUAAUGUAAGAUUUUUAGACGAUUCGUUGCUUAAAAAAAAUGAUGUUGGUUCUGCAGCCUUUCAAAUCUUUGUGAAAUAUCUUAAAAAAACUGGAUCAAAAAAUCUCUGUGCUGUAGAGCUUCCCUCAUGGGUAAAGGCAGGGUUUGAGGAAGCUGGAUGCAAAACUACUCUGUCAGAUAAUACCUUUUCUGAGAAGCAGUUUUUCUCUUAUGUAUUUUUCCCUAAUGUUCAAGAAAUUGAAGCAGACUUGCGGGAUCCUUUAAUGCUUUAUGUUCUGAAUGAGAAGCUGGAGGAGUUUGCUGAGUUCUUCUGCAGUACUGCCUGCAUACCAUGCUCAGCUGAUUCCAGUCAGCUUGCUUUACCUUCUAGACUGAUACAUCCAGAAGGCAGAGUGGCAAAACUUUAUGAUUUAAAAGAUGGAAGAUUUCCUUAUGGUACUGUACAGACUUAUCUCAAUCCAGUUAUUUUGGUCAAACUUGUGCAGUUAGGCAUGGCUAAAGAUGAUAUCUCUUGGGAAGACCUUUUAGAACGUGCCAGAUCUGUAGCUGAGCUAAAUGAAAGUGAUCAUACUGCAGCUUGUAUCAGAAGCAGUAUUAUUUUAAGUCUAAUUGAUGAAAAACUAAAACAUAGAGACCAAAAGGGCAAAGAGUUUGUUACAAGCCUACAAGCCAUAGAUUUUCUUCCAUUUCUGUCAAAACCUGCUGGGUUUUCUUUGUCAUGGAAAGGUGCUGACUUCCAUCCUUAUAAAAUGUUUUCUGUAAAUGAUGUAUAUAUUGUUGACCAUCAAGACACUGUUUGUCUUCUUAAGCCUAUCCUGAAUGAAAAUUCUCCUUCCUUUAAAGGAUGCGGCCCUGUGUCUCUGGCUGUGAAAGAAUUCUUGGGAUUGCUCAAAAAACCAUCUGUUGAGCUGGUAAUAAAUCAGCUAAAAGAGGUGUCAAAAUUAUUUGAUGGAAUUACUUUGUACCAAGAGAGUAUUACCAGUGCAUGCUACAAAUUUCUGCAUGAUGAAAUGCUAAACAGCGAAUCUGCAAAACUACAUAUUAUUGAGGCACUUAAGGACAGCAGUUUCAUUCUUGUUGAGAAUACAUAUGUCAGCCCAUCAAAAGUUGCUUGUCAUUUGAACUUUGAUGCAACUCCCUAUCUUUUUCAAUUACCUAACAAAUAUAAAAAUAAUUUUCGUGAGCUGUUUGAAGGUGUAGGUGUACAAUCUUCUUUUACAGUUGAAGAUUUUGCACUAUUGCUUGAGUUAGUUAAACAAGAAUAUGAUAUCAGGCCUUUAACAGAGAGCAACUUUCAACUCUGUCGAAGGGUAAUUACUGAAGGAAUAUGGGGUCUUAUUAGAGAAAAAAAUCAAGAAUUUUGCAAGAAACACUAUGGAGAAAUACUUUUGCCAGAUUCUCAGUUCUGUCUUUAUCCAGCUAAAUCUUUGUGUUACAAUGAUUGCCCAUGGAUCAAAGUCAAAGACUCAGCUGUGAAGUACUGUCAUGCUGAUAUACCUAGGGAAGUUGCAGUUAAACUUGGAGCAGUGCCUAAGCGCCAUAAGGCCUUGGAGAGAUAUGCUUCAAAUAUUUGCUUCACUACCCUUGGAAGUGAGUUUGGGCAGAAGGAGAAGCUUACUAGUAGAAUUAAGAGCAUUCUUAAUGCAUAUCCGUCAGAAAAAGAAAUGUUAAAAGAACUUCUUCAAAAUGCAGAUGAUGCCAAAGCUACAGAAAUAUGUUUCAUUUUUGAUCCCAGGGAACAUCCAGUAGAUAGAGUAUUUGAUGAAAAGUGGACACCGAUUCAUGGGCCAGCAUUAUGUGUGUAUAACAAUCGGCUAUUUACUGAAGAUGAUAUCAGAGGAAUUCAGAACCUUGGUAGAGGUACAAAGGAAUAUAAUCCAAUUAAAACUGGACAGUAUGGUAUUGGAUUUAAUUCUGUUUAUCACAUCACUGACUGCCCUUCCUUCCUUUCUGGUAAUGAUGUUCUGUGCAUCUUUGAUCCACAUGCCAGGUAUGCACCAGGUGCAACAUCUCUCAGUCCUGGCCGUAUGUUCAGGGACUUGGAUUUAGACUUCAGAACACAGUUCUCAGAUGUGCUGGGCUUGUACUUAGGAGAGCUCUUUCACCUUGAAAAAUCUACUAUGUUUAGAUUUCCAUUACGAAAUUUAGAAAUGGCUAAAGUGUCAGAAAUCUCUUCUGUCCCAGUGUCUGACAGGAUAGUUCAGAACUUUUUAGGUAAGCUACACAGUGAUGGGACAGAACUUUUGAUGUUCUUAAAUCACAUAGAAAAAAUUUCAGUUUGUGAAAUAGAAAAAACAACUGGUGCUCUGAAUGUUUUAUAUUCUGUGACAGCUAGAAUUACAGAUGGAGACCGACUGAAACGCAAGCAGUUUCAUGGUUCUGUAAUAGACAGUGUUACAAAAAAAAGGCACUUAAGUGACAUUCCUGUUCAUCAGAUUACUUUCACCAUGGAUAUUGAAGACUCUGAAAGCAACCUGACAACUUGGCUUGUGUGCAAUAGGUCAGGCUUUUCCGAUAUUCAGAACGUCUCCAAAAGUGUAGUAUCAGCACACAAAAAUGAAGACAUUACACUUUUUCCUCGUGGUGGAAUUGCUGCUUGCAUUAGUCACAAUUACAAAAAGUCCUGCAGAGCAUUCUGUUUCCUGCCUUUAUCCUUAGAAACAGGAUUACCUUUUCAUGUAAAUGGGCACUUUGCCUUAGACUCUUCCAGAAGAAAUCUUUGGCGUGAUGACAAUGGAGUUGGUGUUCGAAGUGACUGGAAUAACAGUCUAAUGACAGCUUUGAUUGCUCCAGCAUAUGUUGAAUUGCUUGUUCAGCUAAAAAGGCAUUACUUUUCAGGUCCUGACCCUGCAACAACCAUUUUGCAUAAUACAUCUAUUCACUGUGUGAAGGACAGUCUGAAAAAGUUUUUGUUUUUCUUUCCAGUUAACAGAACUGAUAUUCAGCCAGAUUGGUACAGCCUUGUAAAAGCCAUUUAUAACUGCAUCUAUGAUGAUUUAAAACGCCUUUUACCUGUUCUUCGAGCACCAAAUAUAGACAGUUCAGAACUGCAUUCUGCAAUUAUUAUUAAUUGGAUAAGCCUGUCUACCACAAAUAAAGACAGACCGUUUUUUGACAAUCUCUUGCAAGAUGAAUUGCAGCAUCUUAAGAAUACAGAAUACAACAUUACAUCACGGAAGACCAUAGCAGAAAAUGUUUAUAGAUUAAAAAACUUGCUUUUAGAAAUUGGUUUCAAUUUAGUUUACAACUGUGAUGAGACAUCUGUUCUUUUCCAUUGUCUGCAUGAUGCUGGCAUUCCUGUGAGCUAUGUGACACCUGCAGACAUCCGUGCUUUUCUGAUGAAUUUCUCAUUACCUGACAUGAGUUGCAGAAUAGGAAAAUUGCCAUGCAGACUUCAGCAAACCAAUCUUAAGCUAUUUCACAACUUAAAACUUCUGACAGAUUAUUGCUUCAAAGAUGCUGAAGAAGUUGAGAUAAAAGUGGAAGGAUUGCCACUUCUUCUUACCCUUGACAAUAUUUUACAAGUUUUUGAUGCUAAACAUCCAAAAUUCUUAACAACAUAUCAUGAUUUAAUUCCAUCUCGUAAAGACCUUUUCAUGAACACACUUUAUCUGAAAUACAGUAGCAUUUUAGUGAGCUGUGGUGUUGCAAAAGUGUUUGACAUCACAAAUUUUGCAGAUCUGUUAGCUUGUGCAUUAGCUAGGGAGUACAGAACCAAGACCGUCAUAAAAUGGAAGGAUAACUAUGCAAGCGAAUCUUGGCUCAAAAGUGUAUGGCAUUUCAUUAGCGAAUGUAUAUCACCAAAAGAAAGUCAGGGAGACAGAACAACAUUUGACAUUGCUGUUGACAUUCUGAGAGACUGGGCAUUGCUGCCAGGAAUAAAAUUCACUGUUUCAAGCAAUCAUUUGAUUAUUCCAGAGUCUGAUGUUUUGGUACCUGUCAGUCUAAUGCACAUUGCAUUUUUCCCAAAUGUGCAGAAUGACCGAUUGUUUCAUUGUCUCAUGAAAGCAGGGUGCAUCCAGCUGGCAGUGAACAAAUUUUGUGCUAAAGAAAGCAUGUUGCUGUGUCUGUUAUCAGAAAAUACAGCAAAUGUAGAUAACCCAAGUAGUGUUCUUAAAGCAUUGGAUUACAUGAUCCAGAACUCAGUAAUCCAGACUAAGCAUCUUUCAGACAGUGAUUUUGAGACACUGCUUAUGUAUUUUAACUGUAAUUUACCUCAGUUGUCAAGUGAAGAUCAUAAAACUUUGAAAUCACUUCCAUUCUACAAAGCCACUAAUGGACGUUACAUUGGCAUUUACAAAUAUAAAACUUGCUUUGUACUUACAGAAAAAAUACCAUCUGCUGAAACAGAUAAAUGGGCCCAGUCUCCAUCUUCUGCUUUUCUUAUAGAUAAUCCUCAGCUGAAGGAUUUGUACAGUCUGAUAGGAUGUGUUCCUAUAGAUGACCUUGAGGUUUAUUUGAACCACUUACUGCCAAAAUUUGAAAGUCUUUCUUAUGAUGCAAAGACAGACCACCUUAUUUACUUAAAACAAAGACUUUCUAGCAUAGAUGAAACUGUGGAGAUAAGGGAGCAGCUGUUAGAAAAGUUGGAAGGCCUUGCUAUUGUAUAUGAUUCUAGUAAUAGGCUUAAGCCUGUAAAGAAUUUUUUUGACAGAACAGUGAAGGUUUUUGAAGUCAUGCUGUCUGAAAAGUGCUUCAUACCUCAAGAAUUUUUCAAAAAAUUAGAGCAAAUCACAAAGCCUAAGAAUUAUGCAGCAUUUUACUCAUCAUGGAUACAUUUUCUUAGAAAAAUAGGACUUAAAUAUGUUGUCACACAGCAGCAUUUUUUGCAGUUUACAAAAGAAGUUAGUAUGAGAGCACAGACAGAAGGAUGGACCAAAGAGAUUUUGCAGAAUGUUGUUGAUGUGCUACUCAAUCACAUAUUUCAGGAGCGUACAGAUUUAUUGUCAGGUAGUUUUUUAAAAGAACUCUCUAUGGUUCAGUUCUUGUGCCCAGAACGUGCUCCUGCAGAACUUGUCAGACUUCAUCCUCAGUAUCAGGAAUUAAAUGGGACACUUCCAUUGGUACGUUUUAAUGGAGCUCAAGUAAAUGGCAAAUUUAAACAAACCGAUAUCAUGCAGUUGUUAUGGACAUCAUGUCCAGUACUCCCAGAGAGAACAAUACCCACAGUAAUAAAAGAUCAAGAAGGAAGUGACUUAACUGUCCAGGAGCAACUGGAACAAGUACUAAAUAUGCUUAAUGUUAACAUUAAUCCCCCACUGGACAAAGUUGUUAAGAAUUGCAGAAACAUUUGCACCAUACCUUCCUUAGAUGAGGACAUGGUAAAGACUAGGGUCAAGGUCUUGAAAGGCAUUUAUGAAUAUCUUAGUACAGAAAAAAGAGACUUUCGUUAUCAGCUACGGGGUAUUUCAGUUGUUAUGGUUGAAGAUGGGUGGAAGCUUCUUAAGCCUGACGAAGUAGUAAUAAAUCUUGAGAAUGAAUUUGACUUUAAACCUUAUUUGUACAAACUGCCAAUGGAACUUGGUAGUUUUCACCAGCUGUUUAAACUUCUUGGUACUGAGGAUGUAGUUUCAAUAAAACAAUAUGCUGAUGUUUUGAACCGUAUCUUUAAGAAUUCUGAAGGCAAACACCUUGAUCCCAAUGAGAUGCGUACUGUGAAAAGGUCAGUUUCAGGGCUUUUUAAAACUCUUCAAAAUGAUCCUGUGAAAGUCAGAGAAGAGCUGGAUAGUUUUCGUGAUUUAGCCCUUUAUCUUCCAAGUCAGGAUGGUAGAUUAGUGAAGUCUAGUAAUUUAGUUUUUGAUGAUGCUCCUCAUUAUAGGAGCAGGAUACAGGGCAAUAUUGGAGUACAGAUGCUUGUAGAUCUCUGCCAGUGCUACUUAGGAAAAGAUCAUGCUUUUCACACAAAACUAAUGAUGUUACUUCCUCAGAAACUGAGACCACGGUUACUCAGUAGCAUAUUAGAAGAACAUCUUGAUGAAGAGACUCCUAAAAUCUGCCAGUUUGGAACACUGUGUUCUUUGCAAGGUCGACUACAGUUGCUUCUGUCUUCUGAGCAGUUUGUCAUAGGGCUUGUUAGGAUUAUGAAACAUGAAAAUGACAAUGCUUUUUUAGCCAAUGAAGAAAAGGCAGUAAAGCUAUGCAAGGCCUUGCGAGAGGGAUUGAAAGUUUCCUGUUUUGAUCGUCUUCAAACAACAUUACGCAUUAAGGGAUGUAGUCCAAUUCCAUUCAGCAAGAGUGAAACACUUGCUUUUCUUAAGAGAUAUGGAAAUGCAAUAAUACACCUUUACAUCCAGCAUUCUGAUAGCAAAGAUAUAAACUUCCUGUUAGCAUUAGCACUGACAUUAAAAUCUGCAACUGACAAUUUGAUUUCUGAUACAUCCUAUUUAAUUGCCAUGUUGGGAUGCAGUGACAUUUACAGAAUCAAUGAGAAGCUGGAUAGCUUAGGGGUAAAGUAUGAUUCUUCUUCUGAGCCUUCAAAACUUGAACUUCCUUUGCCAGGCACACCAAUUCCAGCAGAAAUCCACUGUACUCUUCUCAUGGAUCCAAUGAAUAUAUUCUACCCAGGGGAAUAUGUUGGAUACCUUAUUGAUUCUGAAGGAGGUGAUAUUUAUGGAUCUUAUCAGCCAACUUAUACAUAUGCUAUUAUAGUACAAGAAGUGGAAAGGGAAGGUGCUGAAAACACAAGCUUUUUAGGCAAGUUUUAUCAAAUUGACAUUGGAUACAGUGAGUAUAAAGUUGUAAGUUCUCUUGAUCUGUACAAGUUUUCAAGGCUUGAUGAAAGCUCACACAGCAGAGAUAGUGCACCAUCUACUCCAACAAGUCCAACAGAAUGUCCGUCAGCUGGAGGGCCACGUAUUGCCUCAUCUGUUUUUUCAGAAAAGGAAACUCACAAACCACUACCUUCAAAAAAACAUUCCCCUAAAAAACUUAAGCUGAGUUCUUUGCCAGAAAUACUUAAAGAGGUGACAUCAGUGUUAGAACAAGCUUGGAAGCUGUCAGAAUCAGAAAGAAAAAAAAUUAUUAGACGUUUGUAUCUUAAGUGGCAUCCAGACAAAAAUGCAGAAAAUCUUGAAAUCGCUACAGAAGUAUUCAAACAUUUACAGAAUGAAAUUAGUAGACUAGAGAAACAAGCUUACAGUGAUCAGAAUGUUGACAGGACAUCAAGAAGAACAUACCAAGCUUCAUCUGCUCGCUUUCAGUCAGAACGUUUUUCUUUUCAAAGAUUUUAUACUUCAUGGAAUCAAGAAGCAACAAGUCAUAGGACUGACAGACAGCAAUUUAAAGAAAAAUUCUCAAACUGUUCAGGAUCAGCAUAUUCUCCACGUUUCUUUGUACCACCAACUUUCAAGUCAGUUGGCAAUCCAGUAGAAGCACGUAGGUGGCUUAGACAAGCACGAGCUAAUUUUUCUGCUGCAAGAAAUGACCUUAAUAAAAACGCCAAUGAAUGGGUGUGUUUUAAAUGUUAUCUUUCAACAAAAUUAGCUUUAAUUGCAGCUGACUACGCUGUUAGAGGUAAAUCAGACAAAGAUGCAAAACCAGUUGCACUUGCUCAAAAGAUAGAAGAAUACAGUCAGGAAUUAACAGGACUUGCAAGUGAUGUCCAAACCUUAGAAGCAUAUGGUGUAGAUAGUUUAAAAACUCGCUACCCUGAUUUGUUGCCUUUCCCACAAAUUCCAAAUGAUAGAUACACUUCUGAAGUAGCAUUAAGAGCAAUGGAGUGCACUGCUCGAAUUGUUAUUCAAAUUGAAAAUUUCAUUCAACAAAAAUUGUAGUCAUCAUUAACUUUCAGCAUUUAUUUCAGCAGAAAUUGUAAAAGAGCAAUGUACAAAGACAUGGAAUUCAGAGCAAUUAUGUGCAUUGUCAAAGGUUAAAUGUGCAAAUUACUGUAAUUUAUAAAAUAUUUUCCUUCUGGAUGAUGGUUUAUAACUGUGUAGUAUUAUAUUCAUCCAGAAUAGUAACACAGUAUUGCAAAGAGCACAGAUACACUGAGCCAGGUAAUAAAAUGUGGAAUAAACUAGUACUGUGUAAGGAACAGAGGGCUGAGAAGAGCGAGGUAUUCAUUGGUUUUGUUAGCUGUAUAUCAAUGCUGUAGUACUUGUACAGAAUAGUCAAUUGCACUUUAUUUAACCAAAGCUUGUAUUGUUAAUUUAAUAUGUUAAAUAGUUGUCAUUCAUAAAUGGGGCUGUACAACUAUACUUUUUAUAAAUAUCACAUGGUUAUUUGUUAUAUUUGUAAUUUGGUUGCAGAUCAUCAGUGCUGUAGCUUUUGUAUGCAACAGCCUACAGUCAAUACUGAAGAAACACAAUUCCUUCAUAUACUGUUUUCAGCUGGAUCUGAUUUAUGUAAUGUUUCACUUCAUGUUAAAUGUUUAUAUUUGCAUUUAUUUUACAGCUCAGUUAAUGUUACUUAUUUCAGGUGGUACUCUGCCUUGCAUUUUAUUAGCCAGUGAAGCAGACAGCAGUCUGUCAAGGUACUUUGUUAUGCAACUAGUUUAUCAUUGACUGCAAGACUCUUUUGCCACUUCAUUUUUGUUAUCAUAAUUAGUUUGAACCCAUCUUCAUAUUCAUGUUCUGCUAGUUAGUUGUCCAAAGUAUCAUAUAAAAAUUCCCAGCAGUCUUCCUAAUGUGCCUGCUUGAAACCCCAUCCUUUGUUUUAAAUUCUCACCUGUCAGCUUUCUAACAAUCAUGUAUUCCUGUACCAUAUCAUCUGUUUCUGUUCUUUCUAAUGAGAAUGGCAUAUAGUGCAUGUAGCCCCCUAAUUACACUCCAGUAUCAGGAAAAAGACAAAUCAGUUGAGAGCUUCAUUAGUGCAAGAUCCCGAUCUUAACAGUUGAUAAGCUAUUAAGAUCGUGUCUUGCACUAAGAAAUGACAGUGCCAGCUGGCAAGUGAGUGUGGCAGAAAUCAAAACAGUUUGUGUGUGCCUAUUUAUUUCUACAAUCUGCCUCUGACUUAGUUUGAAAAUUUUAUCUUGAUGGGUCUUGCUGUCUGUCUGACAGCUCUGGCCAAGUGCUUUACAAGCUUUAUAAACCAGCAAAAGACUUACUGCUUUCUUUUCUAUAACUAAUAGUACACGGAAAAGAUAAAUUUCGAUCCAGUACAAGGAAUUAUGAUCAGAUCUUCAGUCAUAACCUAAUAUUAUGUGUUCUCAAAAUUAAUAUCAAGCUUCACUCUCAAGGUGAAUUUCUUAACAUCCAUGUCUUAAACUCUUAACACAGUUGUGAUCUAAGACCUAAUUAUAAUCUUCUGUAUUAAGUUUGCCAGAUAUUUUGUAGUAGUUAAACUCUUGCAGCUCCUCAUUGAGUAAGGUCAUGUAUAUCUGUUUGGAAGGUUUGGAGACAAAGCCCGAGAGGCAAGAUUACAUUGGUUUGGACAUGUGCUGAGGAGGGAUGUAGAGUAUAUUGGGAAAAAGAUACUAAGGAUGAAGUUGC